CACCGGUCGGGCGCGAGCACAGCGGAGAAAGGCGGCCGCGGCGACCAGGGAGAGUACCACGGUAGUAGAGCACCGGUGCGGCCAGUCGUUGCUCACGUACCGACCGGUGUGCACGCGUGUUCCGUACGCCGUCACUGCGCCGUCGCACUUGUUCCGGACACGCAUCACAAUCGCCGCCGAUUCCGCACGCACCCGACGCCGGACACCGGCCGCAAGGGCUUUCACGGACAUGCUCGGCGACCGCGAACACGUGAUCUGCGCCGCCGUCGGGCCGCACGGCCACCAGUCGUCGACCGUGCAUCACGUUCACGUCCAUCGUCGUCGGGCUCAUCCCGCCGGCCACCGUCACUGAACGCCGACAUCGCGCGAGCCCGUCGACCGGCCGCCGUCAUGACGUUGUCGAUCGUGGCCGCCGUGGCCGCGCUGUGCGCGAUCCUCGCGGACCCGGCCAUCUCGGUCACGUCGCACCCGCUGCUGCUGGUCGUGUCGUUCGACGGCUUCCAUCCGGACUACGUGCGGCCCGACGUCACGCCGCACCUGGCCCGUUUCCGUCUAGCGUCCGCCUCGCCGCCGUACAUGCGCAACGUGUUCCCCACCAAGACGUUCGUCAACCAUUUCACCGUGGCCACCGGUCUGUACCCCGAGACCCACGGCGUGCUGGACAACUACAUGUUCGAUCGGCACAACAGGUCCAUGCACUACACGUACGAGCAGUUCCACUACAACGAGAACGUCGUGCCGAUAUGGACGCAGAACGAAAAUAGUGGUGGUGGUCGUCAUAGUGGUGUGAUGAUGUGGCCUGGAUCCGAAUUUCCAUAUCAAGGCAAAACAUCGACUCAUGUUGCAGUAUACAAUUAUUCAACACCCUGGUCGAGUCGUGUGGAUACAGUUAUAUCGUGGAUUAAAGACGAUAAAAAACCAGCAAAUUUAGUUUUUGCUUACUUCGAAGAACCAGAUAAUACUGGCCAUGUAUUUGGAGUUGGAUCACAUGAGAUAAAAAAUCAAAUCGUCCGAGUAGAUACUACAGUCAAAUACAUAGUUGAACGGAUAAAAGAGGAAAAUUUAGAAAACAAAAUAAACCUGAUUCUUCUCAGUGACCACGGAAUGGAUACAGUCACAUAUGAUAGAAUUAUAUAUUUAGACAACUAUAUAUCAAAUAAAACAUGUAAAGUCGAAGUCACAGGCCCUAACGCCUUUAUAAAUCCAAACCCAGGUAAAUACGACGAAGUUUACAGUAACCUUAAAAAUGCAUCAAAAACACAUGGAACAUUUGACGUGUUUAAAAAGGAACAACUACUAGAUCGAUGGCAUAUGAAAAAUACAGACAGAUUGAAUGGGCUGCUUUAUGUGUUGGCGAAACCAGGUUAUGCAUUUUGGGACGAAUAUUUCAAAGAUCUUCUGAAACAUACAACAAAAGAGAAAUUCAAAGCGGGCACGCACGGCUACGACAACGAGGAGCCACCGAUGCGGGCUUUCUUCAUGGCGUCCGGGCCGCUGUUCAAGCGCAACUUCACCGCGCAGCCGUUCGACAACGUGGACAUUUACCCGCUGAUCAGCCACGUCAUGGACCUGAAGCAGUUGGCCAGCAAUGCGGUGCGUCCCAACGGCACGGUGGCCGCCGUCGAGCAACUACUGGCCGAGCGUCCCGGGUCCCGGGCCGGUGGCCCCUGCGCCAAAGGGUCGCUGUCGGUCGUCGCGUGUGUCGCGUCCGCCGCGAUGACGCUGCGCACCGCGUCCCGGUACCUGUGACCACCGCCGGUGCCGGUGGACUGUCCGGACGUCGUGCCCGUGUGCCUCGCUUCGUCCUAAACGCUCUGUAUACGCUUUCUAUAGUUUCCACCGCCACGGUUGCAGUUGGCGCCUGGAAACCGGCCGGAACUCUACGACGUAGGACGAUAUUAAGCGCGAUCGCGGGGUGUAGGAUGGCGACGGAGAUGACCGCCGACCAAUCGCACCCUCCGCACUGCUGCUCUCACGACGAUUUAGUUUUAGUUUCAUUUUUAAUUUAGUCAUGUAAAUAUCGUAAUAUAGAAAUAUCGUCUUAGGCGAGAUUUUAACACUUACUGUAUGUAUCUUUUUUUUUCUCGAUAUUUUAAAAACUUAUG